AUGGCUUGCUUUUUUAUUUGCUUAUUUUUAUUUAUUUGCGACAAAGCUCUCCAUGGACAUACAUGGGCAAUGAACAACUUGCUGGUGACUGGACCCAAGGCGUAUCUCACCUAUGCAAGAAGUGUACAGGUCGGUGCACAGAGCGGGAUACAGGAGUGCAAACAUCAGUUCGCAUGGGACAGGUGGAACUGCCCGGACAGCGCGCUGCAGCUUUCAACUAAUAAAGGAUUUAGAAGUGCAACGAGAGAGACGUCAUUUGUACACGCAAUAAGCGCAGCCGGUGUUAUGUACACCUUAACCAGAAACUGCAGUCUGGGAGAUCUGGACAACUGUGGAUGUGACAGUUCAAGGAACGGCAAAAUCGGUGGGCGUGGUUGGCUUUGGGGAGGAUGUAGCGACAACGUGGAGUUUGGAGAGAUAAUUUCAAAACAAUAUGUGGAUGCGCUCGAGACUGGACAAGACUCACGAGCUGCAGUUAAUCUUCACAAUAAUGAAGCUGGACGUUUGGCUGUAAAGGCGACCAUGAAGAGGAUCUGUAGGUGCCAUGGCAUGUCAGAAAGUUGCUCGAUGCAAACGUGCUGGAUGCAACUAUCUGAUUUCCGUGAGAUUGGUAAUUACUUGAAAAUGAAGCACGACCAGGCUCACAAACUUGAACUUAACAAGAGACGCAUGCGUGCGGGUAACAGCGCAGACAACCGCGUGGCCAUGGCAGACGCUUUCAGCACCAUCGCCCGGACAGAGCUCCUAUAUCUGGAGGAUUCACCGGAUUAUUGCACCAAGAACACGAGCCUUGGGUUUCCGGGAACAGAGGGUAGAGAGUGCGUGCAACACGGAGAAACUCUCAGUCAGUGGGAACGGCGCAGCUGCCGCAGAUUGUGCUAUGAGUGCGGUUUGCGUGUGGAGGAGAGGCGCACGGAGGUAAUGAGCAGUUGCAAAUGCAAGUUCCAUUGGUGUUGCACGGUAAAGUGCGAGAACUGCUCUCAGGUAACAGUGAAACAUGUUUGUGCUCAGAGACAAGUCAGCCACGGUCACCAAAGACGCAGACCUCGAGGACCAAAAUAA